AGGAUAACGCGUCAUCAUAUGGUGUACAAAGGGCAGUAAUUUAGUGUUAAUAUGUUGGACGACAAGUUUAUUUUUGUGAUCAAAAGCAUAGAAUGACAGAUAUGUUGGCUGUUUCUAAUUUAAAUUAUGAUUAAGAGAUAAGACUUGCUUGUAAACAUGGCAAUGAGAAACCUGGUUGAAGGGGAGUGUGGUGGGACCAAUUCCCUGAUGAAACUAACAUCUCACUACACCCAAGACAAAGCCAGAAGACAGGAAGGAUUUUUUCAUGGACAAAGACAGAAUCAAGGUCUUGUGCAUGGGCGACCAAUUCAAGAGGCCACAGAACGAGAGUUAGUGGAUGAGUUUCUGACAGGGCAGAGAAUAAACAUGGCACCACAGACUUUCCACAUGGGGAGCCUGUUACAGGAGAUGAGAGAGAUAGAGGAACAGGAAUACAGACACGCCCCACAGAGAGGUGAAG